AUUACCGUGGGUUUAUUGUUUUGGUUUUAUUGGUUUCACCGAUUUCGCCGGUUUCACCUUCUUUUCUAGGCUCUUGCCUAUGAUCUAGGUUCUUGCAUGAGAAAGGUAACGUUUAUUAAAGCUGCGAAUUAUUUUGAGUCCUCCUUGUGAGUUGUGAUAAGCAGGCCAGCGGCUCAUAUAUCUAAUGACUGAGUUCAAAAAGUCAUGGAUGACACAGCCAGCACAAAUACUUCAGUUGAAGACAGAGACUUUGGUGACAAUCCAACAAGUGAUGCACUCUCAGAAGGAUUUCUGAACUCUGUAAAACCUGUCAUCGAUCGCAUUGAUCUUGGAGUCAAGGAAACACAAGAGAGCCAGGAGACGCUGAGUGCCCUGCUCGAGGCGAUCGCCGAGGACUUUGCCCGGUUGUCGGCCGUAGCACCGUCGCCGGUUGACAUUGAGGAGCACGUGAAGCGGCUGCACAGCGUAAAGAGACGCGUGGCCGUCACCAACAACACGCUGCAGACCGUGCAGGAGCGCUUGACCAGGAUCAGGAGUCACCUGGCCCGGCAGCGGGCGGCACACCCGCCGGCGGCCGCCGCCGCCCCCGCUGCUGACCCCGCGGCCGCCCCGCAGUAGCGCGCCAUGCAGACGCCCGACAUCUCCCACCUGACGGCGGCCGACUACGACCGCGUCUACGAGCCGGCCGAGGACUCGUUCCUGCUGCUGGACGCUCUCGAGGCGGACCUGGAGCGGCUACGCGCGCGCCGACCGCGCCUGGCGCUCGAGGUCGGCAGCGGCUCCGGUGUGGUGAUUACGGCGCUGGCGGCCGCGCUGCCCGAGUGUCUCUGUCUGGCCACUGACCUGAGCGAGGCCGCGUGCCGCGCCACAUGGCGCACGGCGCACAGGAACGGCGUCACCGUGCUCCCCGUGCGCUGUGACCUGACGGCGGCGCUGCGGCCGCGCCUGGCCGGCCAGCUCGACGUGGUGCUGUUCAACCCGCCGUACGUGGUGACCAGCACGGAAGAGGUUUGCGCCAGCGGCGGCCUGGCGGCCAGCUGGGCCGGCGGAGAGCGCGGCAGGGAGGUGACCGACCGCCUGCUGCCGCAACUGCCCGAGCUGCUCGCCCCCGACGGACUGUUCUACCUGGUGGCCAUCCGGGAGAACGACGUGGACGACUUGGGCGCGGUGAUGGCCGGACUCGGCUUCGACAUGUGUCGGGUGAUGAGCCGGCGGGCCGGACCGGAGCACCUGUCCGUGCUGAGGUUCGAGCGGCGCGCCGAGUCGGGAGGGACCGGGCCGCCGGAGGGCGGAGAUGUACCCCACUCCCAGAGACCCUGAGGAUCGCCGCGGAUCGGCCGGCCGGCGGAGAGGUGUACCGUAGGGACCGAGAUAUCGCGCGGUAGUCCGGCCGGUGGUCGGCGCUGUGCAGGAAUAUCAUAACUGUGAUCUAUCCUGGGCACUCUUUUGUAUAUUCUGGGAAGUGGGAGUGGCUCAACCUAGUGAAGCUUCGCGCCGGUCGAGCGGGAAGACAACGCACCGCCGUAUUGUCAAAUGCAUGCUAAGGGAAUUAAGCAGGGACUUGCGUCGUACGACCGGAUUUGAUAAGAUGGUCAAUCAAAAAUAGGGUUUGCAGUUCCUCGGCGUAUACCCAGUUUGUUUAUACCCCUGCCCUGCAUCGUGCGAUGAGAGCUGUCUGAGCAUUGUUGAGUUUGCUAUUCCUUGUCGGUGUUGAACGUUCUUGUUUUGUCGAGCGCCUAGCAUGCUUUUGAAUUUUGAUGUGCUUUUAUCAAGUGAGUAUAUCAGUGAAAAUAUAAUAAAAUCUGCAUGCGAUCGUUUUAAA